UGACUCGGUUCUCCCAGGUGCUGUUUCUGGUGCUGCUGUCCCAAGUGGGGAGCCCUAUGAUGGCUCAACAGAAGAUGCUCAGACACCGCCCGCCCACCGCUGCUAGCCAAAAUGGCGAACUUCACACCAGUCAAUGGCAGCUCCAGCAAUCAGUCUGUGCGCCUGGUCACAUCAUCCCAUAACCGCUAUGAGACCGUGGAGAUGGUGUUCAUUGCCACCGUGACAGGCUCGCUGAGCCUGGUGACUGUUGUGGGCAACAUCCUGGUGAUGCUGUCCAUCAAAGUCAACAGGCAGCUGCAGACAGUCAACAACUACUUCCUCUUCAGCCUGGCAUGUGCCGAUCUCAUCAUAGGCGCUUUCUCCAUGAACCUCUACACCGUGUACAUCAUCAAGGGCUACUGGCCCCUGGGCGCCGUGGUCUGUGACCUGUGGCUGGCCCUGGACUACGUGGUGAGCAACGCCUCAGUCAUGAACCUGCUCAUUAUCAGCUUUGACCGGUACUUCUGCGUCACCAAGCCCCUCACUUACCCAGCGCGGCGCACCACCAAGAUGGCGGGCCUCAUGAUUGCCGCUGCCUGGGUCCUGUCCUUCGUGCUCUGGGCACCUGCCAUCUUGUUCUGGCAGUUUGUGGUGGGCAAGCGGACGGUGCCGGACAACCAGUGCUUCAUCCAGUUCCUGUCCAACCCGGCGGUGACCUUCGGCACGGCCAUCGCUGCCUUCUACCUGCCUGUGGUCAUCAUGACGGUGCUCUACAUCCACAUCUCCCUGGCCAGUCGCAGCCGAGUUCAUAAGCACCGGCCAGAAGGCCCAAAGGAGAAGAAGGCCAAGACCCUGGCCUUCCUCAAGAGCCCCCUGAUGAAGCAGAGUGUCAAGAAACCGCCCCCAGGAGAAGCUGCUCGUGGGGAGCUGCGCAACGGGAAGCUAGAGGAGGCCCCUCCGCCCGUUCUGCCACCCCCGCCGCGCCCGAUGACUGACAAAGAAACCUCCAAUGAGUCCAGCUCGGGCAGCGCCACCCAGAACACCAAGGAACGACCACCUACGGAGCUGUCAACCACAGAGGCCACCACGCCUGCCACUCCCGCCCCUCCCCUACAGCCGCGGACCCUCAAUCCAGCCUCCAAAUGGUCCAAGAUCCAGAUUGUGACGAAACAGACAGGCAACGAGUGUGUGACAGCCAUCGAGAUUGUGCCGGCCACACCAGCUGGCAUGCGUCCGGCGGCCAAUGUGGCACGCAAGUUUGCCAGCAUCGCCCGCAACCAGGUGCGCAAGAAGCGGCAGAUGGCAGCCCGGGAGCGCAAGGUGACUCGGACCAUCUUUGCCAUUCUCCUGGCCUUCAUCCUCACCUGGACGCCCUACAACGUUAUGGUCCUGGUGAACACCUUCUGCCAGAGCUGCAUCCCUGACACUGUGUGGUCCAUUGGCUACUGGCUCUGCUACGUUAACAGCACCAUCAACCCGGCCUGCUAUGCCCUCUGCAACGCCACCUUUAAAAAGACUUUCAGGCACCUGCUGCUAUGCCAGUAUCGGAACAUCGGCACUGCCAGGUAGGCAGGCAGGGGUGCCACUGGAGGUGCUGGUGUGUGUGCUGGGGGACCACAUGGCUCAGCUGCUGUGGAGGAGAGAUUUGGAAGUGCUUCUCCGUGUUCACGUUCGCCGAAGAGAACUGAGGUCCCCAGGACUCUGAGGCUCAUGAAGAGGCUGGAUUCGGAGAGACCAGAUCUCUGCUCAGGCGAGGAGAAUCAGCCCCAGGAAGUGACUGAACCCGACUAUCUAACCCACCUCUGUUGCCCUGCCUCAGGGAGCUGGGGGGCACUUGCCCCACUGUGACCAGCCAGUGUGGCUGGAAGAAGGGAUAUCUGGAGAGGAGCAGAGCCCAGCACCCCUUCAGAAGGAGCAAAGGGGCCAGUGCUUGGGAAAGGAGGCUCAGGAAGGGAAUGGGAGGGUCCCCCAUUCUGCUGUAAUUGGUGCUUUCUGCCCCUCUGCACCCUGCAUGUAGGCUCAGCCCCCUCCUCCUAAACCCAACUCCAGGGGCAGAAAUCUCCCCUUGCUGCAGCUACUCAGCCUGGCUCUGGCUGGGUGGGGUGGGUGGGCUGGCUGGAGGCUGGGGAGAGUGGGCUCUGAGCACACCCCUCCCCCCACCCCGCAGCAUUGCCCUGGUCACAUUCAGGAUGGGCCAGCAGGGAGACCAGCUGUUUACUCAGGAACUGUGAUCUGGCCACCCACGGUCCCAGGCCUGAGCUGAGUGGCCCGUGUUAUUUUGAAGCGUUUGCUCCCCCUCCCCCAAGGAGAGAGGUCACAUAGUGAAGGUGGGGCCCUGGUGUUCUUCUCUGCUGGCCCCUGCCCAGUGUGAGGGAUGCCUGGGUCACCAGGGAGAAAAUUGGGGUGGAUCUGACCCACACACAGGUUUCAAUGACAGUGGGAGUUGGGGUAGUGAGGCAACCCCCAACCCUAGGGAUUUUCAGAUUGGCAGUGGGCUGGACCAAAAGCCCUUGACCUGGGUGAAGCUGUCAGUUCUAGUGAGUCUCCCAGGUCCCCUCUCCCAACCGUUGUGUGGCCCCUGGAGAGAUAGGACUGAAAGGUUCAGGGGACUUGAUGGGGGGGCACCUUCCAGAGGUGAGUAGGGGGCCCUGGAAGAAAUUUUCAUAGCCCUUCUUUCUCCGUGAGCUCUGGGGGGGCACUCACCGCCAAGCCCCAACCCCCUGAAAGCCGCCAUUCCCUCCAGCCUUCUCUCCACCACUCCCCCACCUCCAACAAGUUAUCACAGCAAACUCCCUGGGAAGGGGCUUUUAUAUAUUAAAAGAAAAGCUUUUA